AUGGCAGGAAAAACCCUUAUGAAAUCUGCAAAAUCUGCGUUGUCCAGGUUACAAUGUGCAAAGUCAACAGUAACUCAAAUGCGCUCGUUCACGAGUCGGCUGAACGAACAGCAGCAGGCUAUCCAGGAGCUGGCUAGGAAUUUUGCCAAUGAACAACUCAAGCCCAACGCCUCCAAACUUGAUUUGGAGGGACGAUUUCCAUUUGACCAUAUCAAAAACCUCACUCAUCUGGGUUUAAUGGGUGCUGCGGUCGAUGAGGAGUAUGGAGGGCGAGGGUUGGACUACCUCUCACUCGCUGUUGCAGUCGAAGAACUGUCGCGUGGAUGUGCUAGCACUGGCAUGAUCAUGUGUUUACACAACUUCCUCUAUGCCAACCUUGUUAAUGAGAAAGGAACUCCGGAACAGAAGGAAAUAUUCUUGCGGGAUUUCACUAAGGGUGCCAUCGGGUGUUUCGCUCUCAGUGAACCAGACGCUGGUAGUGAUGUUGCCAGUAUAAAAACAACGGCUACACCUGACGGCGACUACUGGAUACUAAACGGCAAAAAGAGUUGGCUGAGUUCUGCGAUCGAAGGUUCUGCCGUGGCUGUCUUCGCUACCUUCGACCCUUCUCUUCGACACAAAGGAUUGGCAUGUUUCCUGGUCCCCAUGGAUGCAGAAGGAGUAUUCAGAGGGAAAAAAGAGCCGCUUAUGGGCGUUAGGGCUGUGACCGCAUGCGAUAUGACGCUCGAGGAAGUAAGAAUACCGCGGAGUUACAUGGUGGGGAAGGCUGGAGAGGGAUUCAAGAUAGCUAUGGAGCAGUUGGAUCAGGCGAGGAUUGGCGUUGCUGCUCAUGCCGUGGGCAUUGCACAAGCCGCUUUGGAUACAGCUAUGAGCUAUGCUAAAGAAAGAGAGGCUUUCGGCAAAAAUUUAACAAGGCUGCCUUCUGUAAAGGACCGUCUGACAGACAUGUGCAUUAUGAUUGAGAUGGCGCGUCUACUGACGUACCGAGCCGCAACCGACGUGUGCACCAAGCACAGCUCAAUGGCGAAGUACGUAGCGGGGAAGAACGCAGCCGCUGUGGCCGACCAUUGUGUCCAGAUAUUAGGCGGACGUGGUCUUUCCACAAAUUAUGAUGCUGAGAGGCACUACAGAGAUGCAAGAGGCACUCAAAUAUACGGUGGAGUGACGGAUAUACAGAAGCGGCUCGUCGGACACUUUUUACUGAAGGAGCAUGAGGCUCUCUGA